AUGAUUUCAGUUUAUUUGGUUUUAAUUAUUUCUGCAUUAACAACGCUCAAAUGCAAUCAAUCAAAGAUCGAUACGAAUAACAAUAUUGUACGUCAGUCAUAUCCAUUAAAUGAUAAUGUUACAUUUAAUCACAUUGUAGUUAACAGUUUUAUUAAUUAUCAAUUAAUCCAAGAUGACAUAAAUUCUGUCGAAAUUGAAACACAUAAAUCAGUGCACAAUUGUUGUAUUCAUGUAGAAGUGACACAAAAACAUAUAUUAUUAAUUAAUUUGAAUCGAACAGUUCAUAAUUAUCCCAAAAUAAAUGCUUAUAUUAAGUUUAAAUCAUUGAAACAAUUGGAUGCUAUCGGUACAGGACAUGUACAAUCAAUGACUAUAAUUAAACAACAGCAAGAUAAAUUUAUUUUGAAUAAACAGGGUACAGGAAAUGUAAAUUUAAUUUUAGAAGUUAAUAAAUUGCAAGCUUUUAUUAGUGGAACGGGACAUGUAAAAUUGAAUGGUCAUGUUCGAAUAGAAGCAAGAAUUCGACAAAGUGGUACAACAACAUUGGAUGCUCGUCAUUGUUUAAUGAAUAAAAUUUCAAUUAUUUCAAAUGGUGUUACAUCAGCACAUAUUGUUGGAAAAAAUGAAAUUAAUAUUAGUGUUGAUGGAAUAUCGAAUGUUUAUUAUCGUGGACCACUGAAUAAACAGAAAAAAUCAAAUUUUCUUGCUAAAAUUCAACCAUUUUAA